CAUCAUAACACGUUGCGAAGUCGCAAAGCCGCGAAGAGUGAAACCCGAAACCGUCGUUAUCACAUUAUUAUCUGAAGAUGCUGAUGACGCCCCUUAAACCAUGAUGACAACAGGAAAAUAAUGCGCAAAAUUCGCCGAUUGUUAUUUUUCCUUUCCGUUGCAUUCGUCUGUACUAGUGUAUUUUACGUUAUUGGCGUUGUGCUCCACAGUUUCUUUGAUGCGCACGUUGGAUUUCACAUUAUUACGGAGAUCGAUAACUUUGGCGAGAUUCAUACAAUCCCACUGAGGAAUUUCAACCCAGAUGAUUUUCUUAGGACAUAUCAAGAAGAGGGAACUAGGCAGAUUUAUGGUUACAACGUUAAUAAGAGUUUCCACAUUCCAUGGAACAGAACCAUUCCAGAAAGGAGACCACAAAGCUGUAGAUACGUAAGAAAAUCCACCAAAAAUCUACCAUCUGCCUCCAUUAUCAUUGCUGUACAGAAUGAGGUCCCUUCUGUUGUUCUUAGGAUGGUCAUGAGCAUUCUCAGAUGUUCACCACCAAGUCUGAUCAAGGAGAUUAUAAUAAUUGAUGGAAGUAAUCAUGAAACUGGUGUGUAUCAGAGAUCUCUAUCAGCAAUUCCAAAGGUAUAUUUCUAUACACAGCCAGGAUUAAAAGGCUUGGUAGCUGGAUUGUUACUUGGAGUGGCUAAGUCCGCAGGGGAGGUGCUUGUCUUUAUGACUGCUCCAGGGGAGGUGACUGCUGGGUGGCUGGAACCUCUACUUGAGAGAAUCCACAUGAAGCCUGGUGUUAUUGUUAGUCCUGUGGUAGAUUUCAUACAUUUUGAAACUUUUGAGUUUGAAUCUACUAGUACCAAUCAAAAAGCAAUUUUGGACUGGAGUUUAUCUGUGAAGUGGCAACAGUUGACAGCAGCAGAGUGGAAUCAGUCAAACAAACCAACAAAACCUAUUGUAUCACCUGUCGUUGAGGGGAAGAUUAUAGCUGUAGAUAGGAAACAUUUCUUGAAACUGGGUCAGAUUGACCCAGACCUGGAAAAUAUUGCAACGGCCAGCUUAGAGCUGUCUUUGAAAUCCUGGUUGUGUGGUGGGACGGUAGAAAUCCUACCUUGUAGUCACGUGGGUAUUAUCAGGAAAAAGAAGAGAGCAGCAACUCCGAACAGCAAGUCCCUCUCUGUUGUCAGAGAUCUUAGGAGAGUGGCGGAGGUUUGGUUAGAUGGGUAUAAGAAAUAUUUCUAUGCCAGUCGUCCCUCUGCUAGAAUGACGUCACAUGGCAGUGUAGCUGAGAGAAGGAAACUGCGUAAGCAGUUAGAAUGUCAGCCAUUUAAGUGGUACUUGGACAACGUUCUCCCUCAGCUGAGACCCCUGUCUGAUGAGGACUUUGUUUACAGGAGGAUCAGACAGGGCUCCACAAUGUGUAUGGACAUUGCCUUGGGACACGUUCCUGUUAUGGCCAGUCUGAGUGAGUGUUCGGAGGAGAAAAGUUCCCAGGAAUGGACUUGGAAGAAGAAAGGGAUGAUAAAAAAUAAUGGGAUGUGCCUGACAGCUGAUGUAAAAGAGACACAUGGUUAUGUUCUCAUGCAGUAUUGUAGUGGAGCAAGUUCUCAGCUGUGGUUUAGGCAGGAUAGUAUGAUUGUUCAUGAAUCAUCUAAGCAGUGUAUUGACAGUCAUAAAGCUGAGAUUGGGUUAGUGUUGUCAGAGUGUGAUGGAUUUAUCCAAUCUCAACAGUGGAUACUGCCAAAGGAGGACACCAUGUGAAAUGUGUUCACUGUAGGGAUAAAAAAAACUUCUGUAUACAAAUGUACAAUACUCAGUAGUGAGGUUAAAGGGAGAGAUACAAUUAUGCUUACACUUGUAGUACAUGUAGAUUUUUUGCAAAGGUGGCAGAGGAAAGCUGUAUAAUCUUUGAUUGUAUGAAAAGUACUAGUAAAUUUUGAUCUUCCCACAAAACUCAAGAAACAAGUCAAUUGUGUGUAUAGAAAUGAUUAUAAAGAUGGAUUUCAUCAUUUGCAUGAGUGCUUGUGUCCUUUUUUAGCUCACCAGAGCAAAAGGCUCAAGUGAGCUUUUCUGAUCACAAUUUGUCUGUUGUCUGUCAUUGUUAGCAUCGUUGAUGUUGUCGUAAACUUUUUACAAUUUCAUCUUCUUCUGCAGAACCACUGGGCCAAUUUCAACAAAACUUGGCACAGAGUACCCUUGGGUAAAGGGGAUUCAAGUUUGUUCAAAUGAAGGGCCACACCUUCUUCCAAGUGGAGAUAAUUAAGAAAAAGUAAACAUUGGAUGGGGUCAUUUAAAAUCUUCUUCUCAAGAACCACUGCAGGGCCAGAAAAGAUGAAACUUAUAUGAAAGCUUUCUAAUAUAGUGUAGAUUCAACUUUGUUCAAAUCAUGGCCUCUGGGGCUAGGUUGGGGUCGCAAUGGGCAAACAAAGUUUUACAUUGGAAUAUUGGAAAAAUCUAUUAAGAUCUUCUUAAGAACAGCAAAGCCAUGCUUGGUCAUAUUUAUAUGGAAGCAUCUUCAGGUACUGUAGAUUCAAGUUUGUUAGAAUCAUGACCCACAGGGAUAGGGAGGGGCCACAACUGGCAAUAAAAGUUUUACAUUGGUAUACAUGGGAGAAACCUUUUAAUAUCUUCUUCUCAAGGACAGCAAAGCCAUGAUUAGUCAUAUUUAUAUGGAAGCACCCUCGGGUAGUUUACAUUCAAGUUUGUUCAAAUCAUGACCCCUGGGACUUGGGUUGUGUCUGAAUGGGCAAACUUUUCAAUACUUGACUGAUUUCUGCUUUUUCUUCUCCAGUGUGCUCAGGUGAGUGAAGUGGCCAUGAGCUUCUUGUUUAAAUUAUUUAAUAUCUUAGUGGGAUCUUCCAAAAACAUAUGUGAGAGAAGCAUCUAUGAUGGCUUAAACCUGUGUACCAGUAUAAUUAUGUGUGUUAUGUUAGAUGUCACAUGCUGCUCAGCAGGGUUUUUUUUUUCACAAUAACCAAAAAUUCUAUAAUAAAAAACUGU